AGACGUAUUUUCCUGUUACACAACAUUCCGUUUUAAAAGCUGCUGUCACGUCUUGUUGACGAGUUGCAUCUGUGAAUACUGCAUGGAUAUCUAAGGCUAAUAGAAACGCAUACAUGGAUGUUUCUUUCAUUAAUCGUAUUUUCUUUCCUCUACGUCGCAAAGGGGAUCUGCUGUAGGUUCUGGAGUAGCAGGUCUGCCACACAUCAAGCUUUGGUUUAGCGAAAGAGACGAAUAAUACCACCAUGGGUGCCAAUCCCACACACAACGUUAACCCAACUGCUCAGAAUUCAGGAGAAUUGCCACAAUAUGCUUCUUUCUCGCAUCAGGUCAGCACUGUUCCUUUGGACGUCUGGGAGGAAGUCUUCCUAAAUCUGCCCCCCCAUUUCGUAGUCUGUGUGUGUCGGUUGGUUUGCCAUGAGUGGAAAGAUGUGGCAGACAGCGAGUCUUUCUGGAAGGAAAGAUGUAGAAGAGAGGGAUAUCAGCUCCAUGAUCCUACCAAAGUACCCAGAGACUGGAGGAUGUUUUAUUUCUUAUCUAAGAACAGAAGAAACCUCAUCAAAAAUCCACGUGCAGAAGAUGAAUUUCAAGGUUGGAAAAUUGUGAAUAAUGGUGGUGAUAGGUGGAAGAUAGAGGAUCCUAUGGUGCCUCAUCCAAAUGCAGCAGUCCAAAAAAACUUUGUGACCUCCUAUCAUAUGUGCACGAAAGAACAGCUGAUUGAUUUGGAGAAGGAAGGUUACAGCCCCUCACUUAUGGAUGAGAUCCAGCCACACAUCAGAAUAUCAGACUGGUAUGCACCACGAUGGGAUUGUGGAAGUAUCUAUGAGAUUUCAGUACAACUGCUAGAUAAAAACAAAAGAAUUGUGAAAACGUUUUCCCCUAAGCACGUUUCCUUUCCUCAGUGGAAUGACCAGCAGUGGAAUCAGAUGGUGCAUGUGUUCAAGGACUACGGACCAGGAGUGAGAUACGUCAAUUUUUGUCAUGGCGGUAGAGACACACAGUUCUGGGCUGGACAUUAUGGAAUUCGUGUAACAGAAAGCUGUGUUGAAGUAUGUCCAGCAUUGGAAACCUAGCUUAUUGAUGUAAUGACCAGAAAGUGGCUUGGAAUAUCUUUGCAUUCUUAACCGAUAAAAACUUGUUAGGCAUUUUCCUACCUUCCAAGGUACUCCCCUUCAAAAAUAUGCUGUAGGAAACUUAAGGAAAACAUUAAGGACAAGAGUUUUGCUUAUAUGUAUCAUAUUGUAUUUAAAUGCUAAAAGGAUAUAUCUUCAAAUUGUUUUAUUUGAAGUUUUGUGUAUGAUUUUGUAACAUGUUAGAUUUCUAAAUCUGUUACUCUGCAGCUAAAAAUAUAAUUGAUGUCCUGCUUCACUGUAUCUACUAACCAAAUGAAAAGACCAUCACCUGUUUAACAGUCCUCGCUAAUUUUCUAUAACAUUACAGAAUCUAUGUUAGAACUGCCUUAAUAUCUGUGUGUAAAUGUCUGUAUUACCCUGUAACCUAACACUGCAAUGUUCCUCUUUUGUCCUUAUAUCUGCACUCAUUUUCUGCCAAAUAUUUUCUUUAAAGAGACAUACCUGCUUCUGCAUGUCAAUAUGGAACGUGUAUUGAGGUUAAAACAAAUAAAAACGGAAAUUUUGCACUUUAUGAAAA